AUGUCGCUCGAGAAUAGUGCAGCAUUCCUCGAUGGCCCGAGACAAAGUCUCAGGGUAGGACUAGCGAGCGUUCGGAAGCCUGCUGCCGGAGAGAUGCUGGUCAAAAAUCAUGCCAUCGCAAUAAACCCGAUUGACGGGAUAAUCCAAGAUUUGGGAAUAUUCGUCCAACAAUGGCCGACAAUCCUCGGACACGACAUUGCUGGAGAGGUGGUUGAAGUGGGUGAGGGAGUGACCGAAUUCAAGCCCGGGGCGCGUGUCAUAGCGCAAGCCUUGGGAAUGAUCACCGGGAAACCAGAGAAUGGGGGGUUUCAAACCUAUACAGUCGUCCAAGCACACGCCGCGGCUCUUAUUCCGCAGACACUCAGCUACGAGGACGCAGCUGUCAUACCUCUUGCGUUCUCGACGGCAGUUGGAGGGCUAUAUCAGGAUGGACACUUGGCGCUUCAGCUACCCCAAAACGCCCACGGGAAUACUGACCAGACCCUCCUUGUCUGGAGCGGCAGUUCAUGCGUAGGCAGUGCAGUGAUUCAGCUUGCCACUGCGUCUGGGUUCGAUGUCAUUGCAACGGCAUCUCCAAGGAACUUUGAUUAUUGCAAGUCCUUGGGGGCAACGGCAGUAUUCGAUCAUGCGGAUAAAGAUAUCGUUGAGAAACUGGCGACCAGAGUGCGGAGCUGCAAGAUGGUUGGUGCGUUUGACGCAUUUGGAUCCAAAGAAAGCACUCAUAAAAUUGCAGAAAUUUUGUCACGGACCGGCGGUGGGUUCAUCGCUACGGUGGAGGAGCCACCUGCACACCUUCCGAAGAAUGUUACCUGCAAACAAAUGUUAGCAGCCCUGGUCCCCGGUACAGACGUUGGCACAGCUCUUUGGAGAGACUUUCUCCCAGCGGCAUUGGCGAGCGGCCAGUUCAAACCUGCGCCCCGUGCGAAUGUGGUUGGUCAAGGACUGGAAAGCAUUCAAAUGGGGAUUGACAAGCUGAAAAAAGGAGUAUCUGCAAGCAAAAUAGUGGUAAAGUUGUAG